AUGGAGUCAGAGGGUGCUUUUGUAAAUGUUGGGUCUUAUGAGAUAGGAAAGCUCAUUGGCAGUGGCGCCUUUUCCAAAGUGCGACUGGCGACCCAUGUGACGAAAAAGAAGCAAUAUGCUAUGAAGAUAGUCGACAAGGAUAAGAUUCAGAACAUUAAGGAUCUUGAGAAUGUGAUGCGAGAAAUGCACGUUCUGAAGAACAUCUCACACCCCAACAUCAUCUCCAUGCACGAGGCGAUCGAGAAGGGAAACAAAUUGUUCUUGGUUCUCGAUUAUGCUAAGCGGGGACAAUUGCAAGAGUACAUUGUGGCUACGGGGCCAAUUCCAGAGAGUGAAGCUCGUCCCUUCUUCGUUCAGAUCACAUCCGGGUUAGAUUACUGCCAUCGUCAAGGAAUUUCUCAUCGGGACAUCAAGCCCGAGAACAUUCUUCUGGUUGAAAGAGACGACAAGUCGUUGGUCUGCAAGAUUGCAGAUUUUGGGCUGAGCAACGACUUCAGGCCUAUGGAGAUGCUCAAGACCAUCUGUGGAACUCCUUGUUUUGCCGCUCCCGAGAUAACGCAGGGACAGAAAUAUGAUGGGGUAGCAGUCGACGUAUGGAGCCUGGGAGCAACUCUGUUUACCAUGGUUGCUGGCAAAGAACCUUUCUCGUCGGAGAAUCAAAAUGAAUUAUUUCGCCUGAUUCAAGGGGCCCUUUAUUCGAUUCCUCCUUUCUGCUCUCCAGAUGUUGCCGACAUCAUCGGCAAAUUCUUGGUGGUUGAGCCUGAGAAGAGGAUGCACCUGUCGCAGGCGCGUCCUUGCUGGUCCUCUUGUUCGUUUCUGAACCCUGCGAAGGAUGCUGACGACAAGCCAACAAGCGAAGGGAAGGAAGAAUCGCCGGGAAAGAAAGAGAAUUCACCCAAGAGAGUCAUCGCGAAUCUCCGCUUUGAGCUCCUGAAAACUACUUACCUCGCUUCAGAAGAGCUUGCAAAAGAGGCUAUCAGUGAACACAAUGUUGUGCUUGUACAUCUCAAAGUGAGCACUCGCUGCUGUGAGACUUUCACCAUCUCUGAAGCCGAAAACGAAAUCCCGACGACGCUCGUCAUCCCGCUGCCCAAGGCAAGAAUCACUUCAGUUGACAUGGGUGAAGCUCACGAGCGAUCCUUUCAGACCAAAGCAACGCCGAUGCGAGCACGGAGUCGGACGGUGACGCAGCCAAGAAGGCUUUCUGAUGCCGACAGCAAGUUUUCCAUGCCGACUGAUCUUGCAACAAUUAUAAUCAAGGAUGUCAAGGCAGUCAUGUCGGAGCUUACCAAACAGUUUCAAGAUCACAAGAUCACAACGAAAAGCUCGACAGCGCGAUCAAUUCGAGGCGAGCGGAAUAGAAUCAAAUUCGAGAUUUCAAUCUACUGCAUAUCCCCCGCAGGGGAUGAGGCGUGCGGCGAGCACAAGCUGCUAGUGGCCUCUUCGAGAAUAUCAGGCGACGAGGUGAACUAUCGCGACAUUUGCAGGCGAGUAUUGUUACAACUAUGA